GUCCACCAAGAAGGAAAAUGUCCAAAGUUAAACUAGCACACAAAACAUUCCCCCGUUUGGACUCUCUCGUCUCGCUGAUCUUAUACUCUCCCUCUGUUUCCCGCGAAACUUUCUCUCUCUUUCCCCCCUAGCCUAAUCUUCUCAUAUUUCACAUCAAUCGCUUCCCUAAUCUCAUCUCUUAAUUACAAACUCUCUCAAGUUUCUCUGUUUAGCUUUCUAUCUUUUGUUUCAAUGUCCUUGGCUCAUUUUUGUUUUGUGCUGACGUUACGGUGUUCUUCCUGAAACAAGAACACCUUUCUUCGAAACUAGAGAUUUCUCUUUUGAUUUCCAUUGAUUUUGCAUUCGUCUGUAUUGUUUUUUACUGCAAUUGUUCCGGUUGACCGUUAUACUAUAGCAUAAAUUCAUGUUUAAUGGUCUUCCAAUAUUUUUUAUUGUUCACUUCCUGGUUGGGGGUUUAUUUUCGAAGCAUGUGAUUAGGGUUUUAAUGUUUAACCGAAGACUUCAUUGACGUCCUAUUGAAUGUUGAACAAUCUUUUUGGGUUUCUUUUAUAUUUCCUGGGUUUAAUAAUUUGGAGUGAGAGAUCAUGGUAGAGGAAGCUGCUCUCUCCGAUUCUGAAAAGGGUGGUUUAGUUUCUGCACGUCCUUCAGUCCAUGAUACCUCAGCUAAUAAUGCCGUCACAGAUCCAAUCUCUGUUAAAGGGAGGACAACAGGUCCUACCAGACGAUCAACAAAAGGAGGCUGGACAGAGGAGGAGGAUAAAAUUUUAGUUGCUGCAGUAGAAAAGUUCAACUGCAGAAACUGGAAGAAGAUUGCUGAAUGUGUUCCUGACAGAACAGAUGUUCAAUGUCUGCAUCGCUGGCAGAAGGUUCUGAACCCUGACCUUGUCAAGGGACCAUGGAAACGGGAGGAAGAUGACCUGAUUCGUGACCUUGUUGGAAAGCAGGGGAUUAAGAAAUGGUCAGAAAUAGCAAAACACCUUCCUGGCCGCAUAGGGAAGCAAUGCCGAGAAAGGUGGCACAACCAUUUGAACCCAGAGAUAAAAAGAACAGCUUGGACCAAAGAGGAGGAAUUGACACUCAUCGACGCCCAUAAAAUAUAUGGAAAUAAGUGGGCUGAGAUUGCGAAGUUUCUUAAUGGAAGGACUGAGAAUGCAAUAAAGAAUCACUGGAACUGCUCAGUAAAGAAGAAAAUAGAAUCAUGUUCUGCUCGUAAAUUUGACAUACACAGUUAUAACAAAGGAGCAGAAAUCAGGAAAUCUGAGAUGGACAAUCAAAGCUUUGAUGAGAGGAUGAACCCUGAAAGAAGCAUGCAUGCUUGUCCAUUGGAUUUGGCUCUUGGAAAUUCGAAGACAAGGGAAUUUCAAUUGUCAGCUUCAGAUAAAGGAAAUUGUAAAUAUGCAGUAAAAGAAUUAUAUUUUGGAACCCUGGAUGCUAAACCUUCACCCGCAUUCACUCUAACUAGUGUAGAGUGGAAAGGAAGUGACAAUAAUGCUAACAAAAUUGAGCAUACAAACCAUUUAUCCAACUGGUCUAGUAAAUUAUGUAACACUUCUUCUGAUGAUGUUGCAAGGCUUCAACUUCCGUGUGAAAGAACUCUUGAACUAUCAAAAACAGUAAAUUCUUUGCAUUCUGGAGCACUUUCAGCGCCUUUGACUAUUGCUUCGAGUACUGUUCCUGGCUAUGAUAUCAAAACAGCCGAACUUGAUGACAAAAAGAAAGGUGCGGGAGACCCUGAAAGUGUGGAACUUAAUUGUGGUUUAUUGAGCUCUGAAUCACUUCAGCUAGAUAAGGUUCUGCUUCAAACUGGAAGUGCUCCAAGUACUGGAAGCUACCCCAGGACAACAACAUUGAGUCCAGUUUCCUCUUGUGCUCCAUUAAGCCAUAAUGGAAGAAUUUCUCAUGACCGGAGUAGUCCUGAAUCAAUAUUAUCGAUAUUGAGGAGCGCAGCUAGGAGUUUCAAAAACACACCAUCAAUAAUAAGAAAAAGAAGUUCUACAAGUCGAGCUGAAACUUUUGGGGAUACGAAAUCCGUAGAAAAACGCUUGGAAUAUGCAUUUAAUAUAGGAUGUGAUUCAGAUGGUAAAAGAUUUGGAGAUUCUUGACAACUGAGGCUAAGCUGUCUCAUCUUGAGAUUUAAAAGUCAGCUCAGAAAGUUUCCUUUUUGUCAGGAACUUAUGCUGCAUGUUGAUCAGAAAUCUUUUGCGGUUGAUGGAUAUCUAAUCAUCCAUUUUCAUGUAACAAGAAACUGAACUCUCCUUUGUGAUUCUUGCAGAUACAUAGAUUUUAUGUGUUAGUGGAAAGGAGCACUGUGUUAACAGCAGGACGACAGUUGUACCAUUGAAUUUAGAAUUAUAGAAUAAUAAGUAAUGUAGAUUCACAUA